CCACUUUCGCUGAUGAUAAUGAUACCUAUUUCAUGUAUUUCUUUGCAUAUCCUCAUGAAAAUGGUUCGUGUCCUUCAGGUGAUUAUAGUGAAUUUCGCAUCUAUAAUACAGCCUUACUUCAACUUGGUCAAAUUAUAACAUAUGGUGGAAUUUUAUUCACUAUCUCAAUUUAUGGUGUCCGAUCAUCCUUUGGAUGGCGACUUACUUUUUUCCUCGAUGAUUUAGUAAUAUUAUUUUUUGGAUUUUCACCAGUAAUACCAUUUUAUAUUAUUGGUCAAAUAUGCGGAAGAUUAAAUAAUCAUGCAUUUAGAACACAAUUUGGGUACAUUAUAUUAGCAAUUUGGAUUAUUUUUUCAUGGAUAAUUUUAUCUAUAAUCCAUGAUUUUAAUUAUCGUUAUGAUAUAUCAUUAAAUAAGAAAUUUUAUUUAAAAUUUCUUACAGCAUUUGCACAUUUAUUUUGUGCAAUUGCAAUCUUGGCAACUAAUAUUUUUGGUCUAUAUUAUGAUUAUUUUGUGAGAUUAAACCCAAUGCAAAAUGAAGCAAAUUAUAUUAUUAAUGCAAACGCUUUAGGUUUUUUCAUUAAUGUUGCCUAUCUUUUAUUAUCAAUUUAUUUAACUUGUUAUGUUUGGAAACAUAAAAGUAAUAAUUAUGAAGAUGUUCAUGUUCAAAUUGAACGUGCUAGAUAUGCUUGUAUUAAAAUUAAAUCUCAUAUUAAUUUUAUUCCUUUUCGAGUUUUCUUUUUAACAUUAUUUUUAUCAAUAAUUCAAAGAGUAAUUCAUGAUUAUAUAAUGGAAGUUGAUGAUGAGAGCCAUUGUCACAGGAUUAUAGAUUAUAAAGAAAAUAUUCGAGAAGCUCAUUAUUUAAAACGUAAACUUAGUCUUCCGAUAAGAAUUCUUGCAUUUUUUCUCUUUAUGAAUUUUUCGGAUGGAUAUUAUACAUGGACAAAUUCUUUAGUGGGAUAUGUAAAUAAAAAGCAGAAAUAUUUCACAUCAAAAUCUAGAUCAUUUAAAAUUAUAUGUAGAAAAAUUAAAUAUAUCGAAAAAGAUCAAGAAAAACCAAAAACAUUGUAUAAUAAAACAUUAAGCAUUACAUUAAACAUUAUUGAUGAAGAGGAAAUAGACUUAUAUAGAAAAGGGAGAAUACAAGACAAUAGAGAAGGGAAAAUAGGAUACAAUAAAUGGGAGAAUGACUGGAAUUACUGGAAAGCAAGAUUAUCCAUCAAAGAUAACCAAAUUAAAUUAGUUCAACAACUCCGACUUGGCAGUAAAAGGGCAAAUGAUUUUAUAAGUAUUAAUGGAAGUGUUAAAAUAAGUAUAAAAGUUUCAGAUGAUGAUGGUUCCGAUGUAAAAAUCGAUAUCAAGGAUGGAGAUGAUGAUAUUACGGACCAAGACAUAUCAAUAUUGAUCGAAAAAGACAGUAAAUUAAUAAAAAUAAAAAAGGCACAAAAUAAUGAUAAUAUUAACCUGGAUGGUAACUGGAAAUUAAAUUUUAAAAAUGGAGAGGUUUACCUUGUUAAUAAAAGAGUGCUAAAAUGUAACGCACUGAAUAAUAAAGGCAAAAGAGCCAUCUAUUUAUCUAGGGUAAACCUAAAUGGUUCUUUGUCUAUUAAAGGUUUAAGUAAUGAUUCAAAUAAUGAACGUAAAUAUAAACAGAAAGAUGACAACUACAAAAUUAUCGAGGUUGAUAAAGAUAUCAAUAAUUUAAAAAAAAAGUUAAGAUUAGAUGGCAAUACAAAAUUAAAAAUCAAAGAUGAUAAAAUUUAUCUUGAAUAUGAGGUAAACGAAGAGGGUGAUAGUAACGACUUAAAAAUCGAAGAGGGUAAUAGUAACGACUUAAAAAUCAAAGAUAAAACUUUCGAAGACGCAAUGACAGGUCAUUACUGGUAUGCAAUAUUAAAAAAGAAGGAAAAUCAUGAUAAGUUCUUCUUGCAAUAUGAAGUGCCCUCAGACAAAGACGUCAUGCAACUGUCAGUUGAAGGAAAUAGGCUUAUUAAUUUAAAGUACUAUGAAAAUAACGAAGACAACGAAGAUACCAAAAGAUCCACAAACAAUGAAGAUAACAAAAGAUCCACAAACAAUGAAGAUAACAAAAGAUCCACAAACAUUGAAGAUAUUAUAAAACUCACAUACGAUAAAAUGGUUUAUGAAGAAGAUUUAACUGAAAACUUCAAGUCAUUGACUAUAAAUAAUGAGUGUGAAGUUAGACGUGAUAAGCGUAAAGACAAAACGAUUAUUCUAAGAUUUAUAAAUGAUACUCUAUAUAGAAAAUUUAAAGGCUUUUUUUUUAGACGCACAGAUGAAAUGACAAUUAGUAAUGAUUAUGAUGGCACGAUAGAAUCUAGACAACAUAGUAUCUUGAGACGUUGUCAACAUGAUAAUUACACUAUAGAACAAGAUGAUGAAACUAUAAUUAUAAAAAUUCAAGUGUACGCACAUUCGAUAGUCAAGAUAACGAAUGAAAAUGAUAACGAGAAAGAAAAAGAUGAUAACGCGAAAGAACUUCCAAUAGUAACAAGAUUAGCUCAUGGUGGCGAAUUAAAAAUUCAAAUAAAUCGAAAUGAUAACGAUCAAAAUAUUGGCAAGAAUGGUGUGAAAAUUGUACUUUCUAGAAACAUCAACUUACAUAAUCGAGGAUUAUUAAAAAUUAAAAAUGGUUGCGUUACAUUCGUAGAAAUGCCUGAAAAUAAAAAGUUUAUCGACUUAACCAAACAUGGGUUCUUGAAUUUUGUCGUUUAUCAUCAUAAGAAACGUGUAGAAAAGUUACGUAAUCUAAAAAAGAAAUUGUUGCAUAAAUGA